AUGCCAAUAAGUGCUUUUCAACGUAUAUUUGAUUUUGGUUCAAAAAAAGAUGAUACAAAAAAUGUUUCAUCAUCAGAUGCAAUUCAACGUUUAUCUGAUGUUGAAGAAAUGCUUAAUAAAAAACAACAACAUUUAGAAUCACAAAUUGAUGAAGAAAAACAAACUGCCAUACGUUGUUCAAAACAAGGAAAUAAACGUGCAGCUUUAAUGGCUUUAAAACGAAAGAAAAAAUAUGAAAAAACUUUACUUCAAUUAGAUGGAACAUUAACAACAUUAGAAACUCAAAGAGAAUAUUUACAAAAUGCAUCAACAAAUAUGGAUGUUUUACGUGUAAUGAAACAAGCAGCAAGUGCAUUAAAAAAAACAAAUCAAAAUCUUGAUGUUGAUCAAGUACAUGAUUUAAUGGAUGAUUUAGCUGAACAACAUACUGUUGCUGAAGAAAUUGCAAAUGCGAUUUCAUCACCAGUUGGAACGUCAGAUUUAUAUAAUGAUGCUGAUUUAGAACGUGAAUUAGAAUUAUUAGCACAAGAAGAAAUAAAAGAUGAUAUGAUGAAAAUCGAACCAUUACCGGAUGUACCAUCUCAUCAAACAGGAACAAUUAAAACACAUAAUCAAUCAGAAGAAAUACGUGAACUUGAAGCAUGGGCACAAUAA